AUGGGUGGGAAAGCGCAGUCCCUCAGCCAGUCUCAGAUCGACGUUAUUAUCGCCCUGGAAAGAAUCGGCGCGUCCCUGUCGUUGGUCGGAGUCACCUUGAUAUUUAUCACCUACUGGAAGUUCAAGCGCAUUCGAAGCGUUCCUAAUCUCUUCAUCGUCUUUGCGUCUAUUGCCAAUGUUGGUGCCAGCAUUGCUUGCGCCAUGGGCUACGACGGCAUGCGAGCUGGAGCAGGAUCCGCUCUGUGUCAAGCACAGGCAUUUUUGCUCGAAAUGUUCAUGCAGUCUGAUCCGUGGUGGUCUUUCGCCAUGGCUGUCAACGUAUACCUCGUCUUCUUCGCCGGUGCCAAUCCUUCUUCCUUCCGACGCCACAUUUGGGUCUACUGCGCUAUCUGCUUUGGAUUCCCCAUGAUCCCAGCCGUUGUUUGUCUCUUAGUCCGACCUCGUGGUCCGGAUGACCUUAUCUACGGAGAUGCCACAGUACGUAGGCGAUCUUGCUUUAUUCUCGCCAUGUAG